AUGCUUCUCCUCGAUUACCAGAAUGUCCUCAUUCAGUCCGUGCUGACUGAGAGGUUCUCUGGUGCCCCUCCCGCCCACAUCGACCAGACGGUGUCCGACUUCGACGGUGUCAUCUACCACAUCUCGACUCCCGAGACGAAGACUCAGAUCCUCCUUUCCGUCCACAUCCGGUGCUUCAAGGACCUUGUGCAGUACGGUGCCGAGCAGGUGCUGCAGAGGGAAUAUGAGCAGUUUGUCGUUGCGCCGGAGGCGGGCUACGACUUCUCCGUCCUCAUUGACCUCGAAAAGCUUCCCGCUGAACAAGAGGAGCGCGAUGCUCUCGUUCACAAGUUCGCCAUGCUGAAGCGCAACGCCAUGGCCGCGCCAUUCGAGGCCGCGUACGAUGAGCAUUAUAAGCUGAAGGAAGAGGCGUCGAAAUACACCUCUGAGGAUGCGCCUCAGGGCGUCAAGGAGGGCGGUGCUAUCAAGGCGAUUCAUUACCGCGAAGAGGAGGCCAUCUACAUCAAGGCCAGUCACGACCGAGUUACCGUUAUAUUUAGCACCAUCUUCCGCGAGGAGACGGACCGUGUGUUCGGCAAGGUGUUCAUUCAGGAGUUCGUCGAUGCUCGUCGUCGGGCUAUUCAAAAUGCGCCGCAGGUCCUGUUUAGGAACGAUCCUCCCCUGGAACUGCAGGGUGUGCCCGGCGUGAAGGAUUCCGGGUCCGGCGAGAUCGGAUACGUCACAUUUGUUCUCUUCCCUCGCCAUCUUACUCAGCAACGGAUGCCCGAGGUUAUCUCUCACAUUCAGACGUUCCGAGACUAUUUCCACUAUCACAUCAAGGCAUCGAAGGCUUACAUUCACUCCCGUAUGCGCAAGAGGACUGCGGACUUCCUGCAAGUUCUCCGGAGAGCUCGUCCGGACGCCGAGGAGAAGGAGAGGAAGACGGCAAGCGGCAGGACAUUCAAGGUUUCGGGUGCUUAG